GUCACACCCACUGCUCGGUGUUGUGGGUUCACCCCGUAGAGAAGGGGAGGACCGACGGCACACACAAGCAACAGAGAGUGCUGCAGUGCGAGCACAGCGGGGGACUCGGAAGCAGAGAGAAAAAAACACAUAGCCUACACACACACACACACACACACACCAGCAUUUGUCGAAACUUGGUCUAUGGAGAGAUCUGCAGCGACACCGUAGCGACGCAGGCCGACAUGGAAGAGUAUUUGCGGAGGGUCCAGAGCAGACUCGGGGCAGAUGCAUUAGAGGAUCCCAUCCAUGCUGUUUUAGGCGGACCAGAGCCAGAUGUUGACACUGUGGCCGCGACACUGUGCUUAGCACUACACCUCAGCCAGAAGGAACCGUCAGGCGGAGUGUGUGUGCCAGUGCUGAGCGGCCGGCGAUGUGACGCUGAGUUGCCCGGGGAGACAGUAAGGUAUCUGCAUAGGGCGAACAUUUGUGAAAGCUCGCUUCUGUGGAGGGAGGAUGUAGACCUUGUGAAGCUUCAUCACACCGGAAAACUCUCACUCACUCUGCUGAGAGAUGGACUGCUGGAUAGCUCUGAGUAUCACACUUUGGAGUCCAGCAUCCUGCGAGUGGUCCAUCACGACAGGCAGCGGGACGCAGGGGAUGAUGGGGCAUCGUCUGUGGUGACAACAGUCGCCAGGGAGAUUCUUCAAGAGGCACCAGAGCACAUCGGAGUAGCGCUGGGUGAGACUCUCGGAGAGGCCUUGCGGCUGCAAAGUGAAGCCUUGUGGAUCAAACACGGCCGUCGGUCAGCACAACUGGAGGAGAUCAUGAGAUCCUUGGAGCAAUGGAGUGAUGUCACUGCGGGUCAGCGUGAUCUGGCGAAGCUACAAGACUUGGAGCAACGGCUGACUGUGGAGCUGAAGGAGUUUUCUGAUGGCGAGAUGACCAUAGCACUCACUUCAGUGACUACAGAUAAUAAUGACUGGCAUAGUUAUGUGGAUGGGCUGAAAUCAUUCAGUCAUCACCAUGGCUAUGAUGGUCUGGUGGUUCUUUUGUUGAUCAAUGAUACACUUCAUCAUCCCCACCAGCAAGUGGCUGUCUACUCAAACAACACAGAUAUCCUAAAUCAGAUCUGCCAUGAGUUGGAAGAGUCUUCCAGCUGGUCUCUUUCUGGUGAACUGGAGGUCACAGAGAGUGUCCAGGUAUACCACAUCCCUAUAAACACCUCAUUAUCUUCUGAUACUCCUCCUCUGCUGGUAGAAGAAAUACAGGGCAUCCUCAAGGACUUUGUUGACAGGCGGAGAUCUGUGCUAGCCUGCCACCCCAGCAGUAGGACCUCUUCCACAGAUGGAGUUGCAGGCAGUGUGGAGUUCUCCCAGGGAUCAUCUGGUAUCAAUGACAUGGAUAGUUCGGACAUAGAAAGACCCGAGGGAGGCAGUGGAGAUGUGGUGGCAAUAGCAAGGGUGAUGGCAGAUGGUGAGGAGGACACGGGAGGUGUAGGAGUUGGUGCUGGCAUGGAACUUGUGAGCCCUGACAGCGGGAUGACCACCAUCCGCAGCAGCCGCUCCUCCAAGGAGAGCUCAGUGUUCCUCAGUGAUGACAGCCCAGUCGGUGAGGUUAUAGCAGGAGGAGGGCCAGCAGCAGGGCCAGGAGGACUCUUUCUGAGAAAUCCCUCUCCCCGGGGGUUGUCAUCCCUCUCCCCUCCUGUCCCACCUGAGAGGAGGAAGCACCGCCCUAGCAGAAAUAAAAGUGACAACUUUGACCUGUUUAGUUUUGACCCACUUCAUAGCAGUGACCACUCUAUGCCAACAGGGGUAAGAGGAGAUGAAGGAGAAAGAAGAGCAGAGAGCUCCAGCUUUUCAGAACUUGAAGAGCUGAGCUUGCUGGAUUUCUCUGCUCCCAGUUCACUGGGCGGGCUUGAAAGUAGAAAUUCUUCAAUUGACCACCAUGGUCAAAUUCAUGGGAAUGACACUGUGGUUCCCCCCACCCCAGUCAACAGUGUGGUAGGUAGCCGUCCACCCAGCAGUUGUGGGGUCAGGUUCUUUCCAGAAGAUGUGGUUGAAAGGAUCAAUGGCCUGCAGCACAAGGACAGUGUAUCAUCAUCGUUGUCAGAGACCUGGGAUGAACUUGGCUUUGACACACAAGGAGCAUUGUCCUCAAGUGAUAAUAAUGCCUGGAAUAGGACCAAGGAAGCUGAGAGCCCACAGAAUAUUAAUGUAGAGGAAGUUAUAAUGAAAGAGUUAGUUGAUGAUAUGUCAGAACAAGAAAGAAGAGAAGAGCUCUUAAAAUCAGAGAAUGCCCACCAGAGGGGAAAGAGCCUUGAACCCCAGCUUAGCCUGAUCACUGAGCAGACAGACUCAUACGACAACUGGAACCCAGAUACUGCUCUUAAGGAUCACUGGUGCCCUGUUUCUUUGGCUUAUCUGCAGUUGACACCACCAGAGGAGGAUGUUACUGGAAAAUGCAGGGCUGGUAUCAUUGGGGUUAAAGAAAAAACAUCCUCACUUUCAAGAAAGAAAGCAAUCAUAACCACUUUAACGCCAGACACAUCUAAAGAAGAGGAUGAAGGGGUUCAAGGGAGAAAAGGAGACACACAGAUGGAGCUCCCAGACUUCUGGACGUACUCAGCUCAGAAGGGAUUUCUCAAAUCAGAUAGUGGGACCACCACAUCAUACCCUGAAUCACUAGAUAUGUGGAAUAGGACAAUCCGUGAUGACAGUCUAUCACCUCUCACGACCCCUGAUAACUUGUCUCAGAACUCCAAUCCCAAUACUGGUGCAGGCGCAUCUGUGGAAAGUCCACUGGGAUUCUCUGAUGGUGGAAUGGUGAUGUGGAACACCACCAUACAAGAAGACAGCUCUUCCACAAUAACAAGCCCUGAAGGACCUGAAAAUGGAAAGGACCUUAGUCACAUGGGGUCAUUGGAUACCAGUGAUUCUCCUGAGACACAUGCAAGCAAACAAGUGGAAGAAGAAAAAUCUAUAGAGGAGGAGAGAGGUAAAGUACUUAAUCAGAGUCCUGAAGAAAUGGGGUGGAGUGGUAAUGAACACAUUGUGAAAAUAGUCAUAGAGGCGGCAGAAGGUAGAACACAGGAUGAAGAAACAAAUGACGAUGAUAUCCAUAGUGUUCAGAGCCAACCGUCUGUUAUGCAGAACUUGGCAACUGAACAUUUUGAAGAUGGGACUUCUCCCUAUCAAGGUAAUGACAUGUGGGACCUACCUGUUCCUGGCAUGGUCACCUCAACUUCAGAAUAUGACAAUGUAGGAGCUGGUGCUUGGAGCCUGACAUCCUCCCCUGAUACCUAUGCGAGCCCUGUAAUAGACAUGAUACAGCUAGAGGAACAGUCUAGCCCUUUUGUAGCUGUGACAAAGCCUAAUGCUGAGAGGCAUGAUCAAUACCGGAAGACUGAACACAGACCAGUAAAUCUAGACAAAGAAAAGCCAGCCAACCAGGUGUUCCUAUUUGAGGAAACUUGUGAGUUGGGUGACAUGAUCAGGGGUGGGGAAAUUUCAAUUAAGAGUAAGCACAACAACAAAUGUGCAGGGUCAGAGGAGGCUGAUUGGAUAGAGCAACCCACUGAUAAUUCCCCAUUUGUUCUGGUGGAUUGCUCCACUGUCACUCAGGCCACUUCAGCCAAUCAUCAUUCAAGUCCAGGAGAAGUUGCUGAGACUCAAAUCCAGACUGAACAUUCAUUUUCCCCAAGCCAUCUUAAUUGGGAGAAUUUUGUUUACAUGAAACACGAUGGUUCUGAGUCAGCUUCAUCAACACAUGAUCUGUCGAUUACAAUGGCCAAUAAUCAAGAUGGGCCUAACAAUGAGAGCACUGGAAAUAUGGAACUUAAAACAACAGAAACCAUGUCUCUGAGCUCCGGCUCUGGGGGGGAAAGAGACACACUGAAGUAUAGCCCCGACAGCCUUCACCCAGGUAGUCGAGACGAGCUCAGGUCCAAUUCGGACGGAGAUUCAUCGUCAGGCCUGGAAAUGGAAUACAUCAUUGUGUCUGGCACAGUAAAAGAAGCUGAGAGAGAGUGUCCUAAUAGGCCUAAACAGGGUGACAGGCAAUCAAAAGGAACAAGAAAGUCCAUGGAGACAUUUAGCAUGCUUUCCUAUGCUGCCACGGUACUGCAAACCCAGGCCCAAGCUGCACACAGAGAGCACCAGGAGAACACAGAACAAAGUAGGCAAAACCAAAUGAUCAGAGGUACUGACAGUGCACUUGGUGCUGAAACAGAGCAAAACCAAGCUGUCUUAUUAACUCAUUACCAAGCAAGUCUUGAUAAUGUCAGUGAGCAUCACAUGGUACCAGAAAUUAUCAGUCCCAGCCAAUCAAAAAAUAACCCUGAAGAUUUUCAUCAGUCAGAUUCAAGACCAACAGGUUGCUGUCAAACACUGGUAGAAGAAAGAAACUGUGACGAUAAAUCAAGCAUUGUGGCCAGAAGUGUGUCUCCAUCAUUAAGACAUCCGUCAGAUCACUUUCUGAAAACCAGAGAGGAAGUUUAUGUCCAUUCACAGAUCUCAAUGGAAGAUUCAGAUGAGGGUGGGCAGUCUCCUUCUGCACCUCCACCAUGUCCUACUUCUUUGGGCGACUUUCAAGUCUGGAGUGGACAAUUAGCAAGACGGGACACACCUCAAACCACAUCUGAACCACAAUCCCCUGUAUUAACCAACAGUUCGGUCUCGCACACCAGUUCUUUGAUUGGCACCCCAUUAAGUGAAUCGGGUAUUUCUACUGACCGAGGACUUGGAUUACCAUUUUCUGGAGAUUUAAUGGAGGAGGAGAAUGAUGAGGAAGAGCAGGAGGUGGAAAAUAAUUUAGAGCACACUUCCCUGCCAAAAUGGACUUCAGAUGUACAGAGUGAAAGGGAAGAAAGACAACAGUUAGGAUCUUCUGAUCUACUAAGUUUCACCGAGGAGCUGAUUGGAGGUUCUUCAUUUCAACAAACAGAUUUACAAACAUUCGAGCAAAAGAGGGACACAUUCUUACAGAAUACAGAGGAUUACUAUGAUGAACAACCCAUAAGGACUGUUGAUUGUGAUAAAUGGUCAACUGAACAACAGAUUGGAGACCAUGAAGCUUCUCAAGAUAGUUAUUCACCUGUUUUAAGAAGACACCAAGAUGUGACAUUGCAAAUUUCCUCCCAGCCAACCAAUGAGAAUGCUGCAUCCCAGUGGACAGGAAGUCAGAAUGUAACUCAGGCUCAAACCCAAUAUGGCUACAACUACCACCACAUUGACCAACGAACUGAAAACCAGGGCGCCCACCCAGCCUGCAUAGAUACUAAAUCCAACAGCCAGCAAAACACCACAGAUGUAUAUGCUGAGUUUACAACUGAUGCCACAGCUAUACAGUACGGAUCUGAGCAGGCUGAGGGCUAUUAUGAACCUGGAGUUAAUGCCGACUGCAGCGUGAAUGAUCCAGGUUCAAAGUUUCAAUAUAUGGCUGAAAGCCAGUAUGGAGAUGUCUCCAACUCUUUGUGCGCUUCUGAACUUCAGUGCUCUCAGUAUCAAGCUGAUGGCCAGAGUCGAUAUGAGUCAGACCACGCUCAUUGCCAGUUCGAUGGACAGCCAUUCUACCAAUCAGAUGUACACUCUGAGAGGGAAGAUCAUGCGCGGUAUGUGCCAGAGGAAUAUGUUCAUUUUCUCCUGGAAAGACACUCCCAACAGGAAGACGGUGCAACAGGGAUGAAGAUGGCUUCCAGUGAGGAAGCUGCUGAGGAGAUGGAUAAUGGAGAAGAUCCUCCCUCUUCUGCGGAUCUGUCUGGCGGGUCCAAUCAAAGGAGAAGGUUGGUAGCUCCACCAAUGAAUGUAUCAUUGGACCACAGUGAGGGGUCUCUUCUCUCAGAAGAUGCCCUGGACACAGAGGAUGAAGCCUUGGAUACUGGUGAUGACCUGGAUGUCAACAUAGAUGGGCUGGACACACCUGACGAGGCAGACUUACUAGAGUUCAGCCAACAUGGGGAGUCUAAUCUGGGUGAAGGAGCAGCAUCAAGUGAUGCCAUUGCAGGACAUCGAUCUGCUGAUGAGAGCAGAGAUAGCAGGCUGUGGAGGAGUGUGGUGAUUGGCGAGCAGGAGCAUCGCAUAGAUAUGAAGUGCAUUGAGCCAUACAAAAGAGUGAUUUCUCAUGGAGGUUAUUACGCUGAACAGAACGCCAUCAUUGUGUUUGCAGCAUGCUUCUUGCCAGACAGCAACUGUGACAAUUACAAUUAUGUAAUGGAAAACCUUUUUCUGUAUGUAAUAAGUACCUUGGAACUAAUGGUGGCAGAAGAUUACAUGAUUGUUUACCUGAAUGGCGCCACACCUCGCAGGAGGAUGCCAGGCUUUACCUGGAUGAAAAAGUGCUACCAAAUGAUAGACAGAAGACUGAAGAAAAACCUUAAGAUGUUCAUCAUUGUCCAUCCCUCCUGGUUCAUACGGACUUUGUUGGGAAUCACCAGACCCUUCAUAAGCUCCAAGUUCAGCAGUAAGAUCAAGUAUGUGAAUAGUCUGCAGGAACUUGGAGAAAUCAUCCCAAUGGAGUAUGUCCACAUUCCACCCAGCAUCGUCAAGUAUGACGAGGAGAUGGGUAUACACAAAUUUGCAUGCAUGAGACUGGAUAGAGAAUUGCAAGACACAGCCAAAGCCGACAAAAAGGGGAACUCUGCUGUUUGACAAUAACAAGAUACCUGGCUGCUGCCUAUCUUCUCCCUGCAUUAUGCUGUACUCUACCACAGCAUUUCUGAAUAUAAGCCAGCCUGCAGCAUGAUGUGAAUGGCACACCAACAGCUAGAAAUGGGUUAGAAAGGAAGAUUCUAUGGUACAAACAUCAGGCAGUUGCUUGUUCGUUGAGGAAAGUACUAACCUGAGGGUGCUGAACAUAAUACUGUAUUUACAGUCUGUCACUGUGCUGAAGGGAAGAUGCUUUAUCCUUUACUACUGUACUUUACACAGCACUUGAUUGUGUUCUAUGACUUCAUCUAUAAUUUCAACAAUACUUGGAUUCUUAUGUAAUUCACUUUGGAGGAAUUACUGACUUUACUACAUUCAUGUAUUAUUCCACCCUGUCUGUUGCCCUCUGUAACUUUUGUAACCCAUGGUACAAAAAUAAUCAAUGUGCAUUCUCCAAAGACAUAGUGAGGCUCAUGACUCUUUCAAAUUAUAACCAAAUACAAGCAAACACAAGUUGUAUUACAGUCCAUCUGUUCACAAAUAAGCAUUUAUGUUCCCUGGACAGUUGGGAUGUUACUGUUCUGUAGCUCUGUCAAUAGACUGUAAUAUUCUAUUUAUCAGUUAAGGUAGUCAAGGUACAAAAAUAUGAUACACACACACACACACACACACACACACACACACACACACACACACACACAAAAGCAUUGUACAAGCCUGUUCAGUUUGUAAUGGCAUGAAACAGAAUUGCCAAGCUGGUUUUUGAAUAGUAUUCUAUGUAGAGGGCUCCUGUCACAGUGGGCUUUUACCUUAUAGGUCACCGCCUCACUCCACACCCCAUACAAUCUUUAAAAUGCUGUCCUAAUAACACUGUAUGUUGUUGUGAAAGUACUUGCAACAUCUUAUCAUAAAGGUUGCAAAAUAGCAGUCAUCAGUAGCUGCGAUAACGUGUUGCAUGCUUUCUGUUGCUACAGUUGAGAUUGCUUUGAUCUGAUUACUGUACUAACCCAAAAGCCAAACCCUAAUUUUAGUCAUGAUUUAUCUGUGGGGGGGGGGGGAGAUUGAUGGAGAGUGAUGAGGAAAGUCUGUGUUGACAGAUGGUUAGAGAGGUAUAGAGUAUAAAGAGUGCCUCCUGUACACGUUAGGGUGUGUCUACUUUGAUAAGCUUUUUCUUAUUUUUGUAUACAUUUGUUUGUGGCUUGCAAGUUACUAAUUUGUUGGAAAAUAUGUAAAAUGUUUAACUUCAUUAAAAAUGUGUUCCUCCUCAA